GGUGUGUGUGUGUGUGUGUGUGUGUGUGUUUGUGUGUGUAUGUAUAUAUGAGUUAGUUCACACGUCAUUGUCUCAAGCAGAACAGUACGACGGCACUGUGAAGACAAGGUGGAGGAACAAACUGUCCGAAGCUGUAAUCAGCACACCUUACAGUGAAUAAACUGGGACCUGUCCUGAUGAGUCCACUCCUCCAUGCGGAACAUUUUGGGCUUUUUUUGUUUUUAAAUAUUUGUUAAUUUUGUGUUUCUGUGGUGAUUUGCAAGAAUGUUUGACUCAUAUGUAAUAUUUAUUUUGAAACUGCGUCUUAAUAAAUAUAUUUUUUUGUUUUUCCAGCCAUGUUCAUUCUAAUCUGCCGCUACAACCGCGUGUUCGCCUACCCCGGCGAUGACGUCACGCUGUCCUCUCACCUCUCGCCCGAAACCAACGUGGUGUCCAUGGAGAUCCGAUGGUUUCGGGGAAUAGAAUGCAUUUACCUGUAUAAAAACGGGCAGGUGAGCGUCGGGAAAGGCUAUGAGGGCCGGGCGAGUCUGUUCACCCCGGAGCUGAAGAGAGGAAACGUGUCUCUGAUCUUGAAAUCCAUCGCACCCAUGGACACGGGAACCUACAGCUGCCAGGUGCUUACUGGCCACAACAAGGUGGAGAAGUCGAUACAUUUAUAUAUGUCAGGAAUGGAGCCACUUUCACCUGAUAGAACAGGACUGAAGCUCACGGAACAGGAGAGCGUGGACAUGGACGAAUCUGUCCUCAUACUUGAGUUGAAGAAAUUAUUGCAGCAACGGGAAAAAGAGCUUCAAGAUAAAACCCGAGAGCUGGAAACCACAACUGAAAUGCUGAGGACAAAGUCGAGUCUCCUGCUGUACACAGACAUGGACCUGGAGAACAUGAGCAAACUGGCAAAUCAGAAAGAGGAACAUUUAAAGAGCAUGGUGAGCGAGCUGGAAACGUGCAAGAGGCAACUGGAGAUGCUGGGGCAGAAACUGCAGGAGAAGAAUGCACAGGUCGAGGAGCUUCGAGCCAUCCUGCAGGACAAAGAGCGAGAACUGGAGGAGGAAAAGAAACAUCUAGGGGAAGGUGAAGAACAGCAGAUUACAGAGGGACUGAAGAACACCACACAAGACACCACAGACACGGAGGAAUCCCUCCACUUACUUGAGUUGAAGAACCUAUUGCAGAACAAGGAAAAAGAACUUGAAGAUAAAACAAAGCAGCUGGAGAGCGCAAUAGGAGAGUUGACAAGGAUGACAAAGCUGCUGCAAGAUAGAGAGACGGAUGUGGAGAAUUUAGCACAAGAGCGAGACGAACAUGUGAAGAACAUGACCGGUGAGAUGGAAAUGUGUUUAAGGGAACUGGAGACCCUGGGACAGAAACUGCAGGAGAAGAACGCACAGGUCCAGGAGCUUCGAGUCAUUUUAAAAGACAAAGAGCGGGAACUGGAGGAGGAAAAGAAACACCAAGGAGAAAGAGAACGUGUGAUUACAGCAAAUGUUUCUCACGGGCCGUUCGUCUUCGAACUCCUGGAGAAGAGCGAUGACAUGCUGAGCAAAAUGUACCAAAACCCGGAGGAGCAGCUGGAAGAGCUGAAGAGCUGGCUUUACGUAAAGAGAGAGGAGAGAAGACUGAGAGAAGAGGAGGAGAGGACGCAAAUUCUUGAAAAAGAGUUUCUCGAUUACAUCUCGGCGGUGAAAGAACUGAUCGGAAAGAAACACGAGAAGAACGUGGCUUUGGCGAAGAUGCUGGCUGUGCUUCAGGAUAAGCUAGAGGUUGCAGAGACGGAUGAGGAAAGGGAGGCGCUAGAGCUGCAGUUGAAGGAAGCUUUAGAAAUGCAGACGCAAGGUGAGGAACAGAUAGAAAGACUGACCGAAGGCAUAGAGGAAAAGAGGAGAGGAAUCGAGGAGAAGCACACACAUGAGAUAGAGAAGAUCAGGGAGAAAUACAGCACCGUGUCGAAGACUGACACGGAAACAAAUAUCCUGAAAAUCAUCCUCCCUGACGUCCAGGCGUACUUUCAGAACAUAGCCGUGAACAUGCAGAGAACUUUACACGCACAAAGACAGAUCAUAACCAACAAGAUCGCUGAAGAAAGACAAACCCCAGAUCACACAGACGUAGACGGAGUGGAAAUGAGUGUUGAGAAGAAGAUCCUGGAAAACCAAACCGACGGUCCAGUCGAGGAACGGACAGAACUGGAAGUCGAGAUGUCGAGAUCUAUUAAGAAUAGCCCAGAAGUAAACAAUAACUGUGCAGGGACACUCGUGCAGGAAGUUGCGGAAGUAGAAGCAGAGCUACGUGCAGCCAGAGAACCGAACGGUUUCAACAGUGAGGAUCCAGAUUCGGAAGACGAGAGCGACAAAAUGGCGAACAGCGUGAUCAUUGGAGAGGGAGAAAUAGAAGCAGGGAUAGAAGAAGAAGAAGAAGAGCAGGAGGAGGUGAGGGAAGUGAACGAGCACAGUGAAACAGGUGAAGAAGACGUGAUUUACACCCAGUAGACUUUCAGGCGCUAAUCGCAGUCCUGGAACUGAUCUUUUUUUUUUCCACAUAGUAUUAGGAGUAUGCCAAAGUGACAUUUUCUUAUGAUGAGUUCCUAACUAAUAUUUUCUCUCCGUGUUCUGGCAGUUUCCAUUUGCUAGCUCCGUCUCUCCGAUUGCACGACAGCUACCAAAAUUGUUGUGUGUGGUCUCUAUGUGAAAACAGCUUUUCAAACUGCUGCCAGUGCAAUCUCACAGGGUCACAACCCAGCGAACUCGGUUAACUAACCCAACCAGCAAGUGAUACAGUGAGAUGAUGUUAGCUAACAAAGUCGAAUCAAGGAAACAGUAGUGUGUGUGUUUACAGGGUGUUCAGCAUGAGCAGAUUGUGGAGGAGAAUCCUGGGAUGAGCGAAAGGACCGUCUUUAUGAUUUACAGCAUGUACAAAUCUACAGUUAUAGAUGUGAGAUUAUUCACUGAUGCAAGAGUGAGGACUUGGGAAUAAAUAGUUUUUUUAGGGACCAGCCACAGCAGCAGGUGAGUCACAAGUAUAGAAAUUCCAAGCGGUAGCAAAGGCGUAGGGUAUCAGGAUGGUGCUGUUUAUCUAAUAAUAAAUGCCAUGGUGGUAAAUAUGA